GCCUGCCCGCGGCCAGCGGCUGCGCAUGCACGAGGCCAGCGAUCCGGACCUGGGCGUGGUGAUCCACGUGCAAAGCCACCUGCUGCCCGUGGCACCCAGCCCGCUCGACCCCGUGCCGCCGCUGCACGUGCAGCUGGGCGCGUGCAAGGCCCUGCUGCGGCACGUGGCGGCCGCGGGAAAAACGAGGGACGCGAUGUUGCUGAGCAACCUCGAGAAAACAGAGCCGUUCCCGUUCCUGCUGUACUACACGGUGCGGAAGGCGGGCCGGGCGGCGCAGGAGGCGCUCUCAGAGAUCCGCCACGGCGUGCGCACCACCUUCUCACCCCUGCAGACCACACACGUGGCCCAGCACACGGUCAAGCUGUACGAGGAGGUGGCCACCAUUGCGCGGCCGCCACUCAACGACCAGCGGCGUCCGACCAGCGACCGGACGGGUUACAUCAUCUCCGUGUUCCGCGUGAUGGAGGGAGACGACCGGCAGAACUUCGAGCGAGACUGGCCCAGCUGGACCGGCGCCCGGACUCUGUACCGGAGCAUUCCGAAACGAGCCGGCCUGCGGCGCAUGGUGCUGCACAAGUCGUGCGACGGUGGCGACAUCUACUACGUGCUGUGCUGCGAGUGCAGCCGUCUGCUGGACGACGUGGUGGCCACGGUGCAGUCGCUGCCAGCGUUGCGCGCCCGCCUCAUCGGCUACACCGGCGUCUACAAGCCCAUGGCCGUGUCCUGAGACGGCAC